AUGUCUCCUUAAAUUAAAGUUAUUCCCACACUCCCUCUCUCUCGGUGCGCGCUUUUGUUUACAAACAAUGGCCGCUGUUUCGAAUUCGUUGAUUUUGACGAGUAAUCCGGUUACCCAGUUACCUGGAUCUUCUCUGAAGCCAUUGGGCCAAUUUCUUGGAAAUGCAGCCCCCACCAACCGGUUGCUUAGUACCAACCGCAUGGGGAAAUUGCAACUGUGUAUGUCUAGAAGGCCACUCAUAGUUCAAGCUGGGUAUAGUAGUGAUCGUGGAGGAGCAAGUAGUGCAGGCAUCUUUGUAGGCGGCUUUGUAUUGGGAGGACUAAUAGUGGGCACACUCAGUUGUGUAUAUGCACCUCAGAUCAGCAAAACUCUGGCUGGAGCUGACCGAAAGGAUUUAAUGAGGAAACUGCCCAAAUUCAUAUACGAUGAAGAAAAGGCUUUGGAGAAAACACGGAAAGUACUGGCUGAAAAAAUUGCACAGCUGAACUCUGCUAUAGACGAUAUGUCUACUCAGCUCCGAUCAGAAGAAACCCCCAAUGGUGUGGAUGUGAUUUCUGAUGAAGUUGAGGCUGCCUUGUAAUUGCUCUUGAUUACAUUAUGGUAUAAAUGGCCUUUUCUACCAGUAUACUUUGAGACUAUAAAUUAUUGUUGAAUUUCUUGUAAUGCAUUCCUUGCACUCUCAACAAUCAGUUUAGUUUCCUUCGAACAUGAUGGCUUUUGGCAGGAUGGGUGAGAAAUACAAUUAUCUGGUCAAUUUGAAAUUGCUCGGAAUUUGGUCAAUUUGAAAGCACUAUUGUAUAGUGUGCGUUCCAAGCGUGUGUACUAUUUGAAAUGUCCAUGAUGUAGGCUGUUACAAGCUGACACUUUUUUUAAA